AUGAAGGCAUGGCUAUACAGCUCCACCAACGGUGGCUUAGAGAAGAACCUCGUCUUCUCCUCUGACGCCCGAACCCCAGGAUCCCCACGGGGUGAUCAGCUGCUCAUCCAGGUGAUCUCCACAGCCAUCAACCCAGCCGACUACAAGGCACCUGCCAUGAGCACUGUUUGCGGGAAAGUCCUAAUUGCAACGACACCCGCCAGCCCCGGAAUGGACUUCUGCGGGCGGGUCAUCGCUGUGGGGUCAGAUACUUCUGCGCGGCAAUUCACGCCUGGCCAACUCGUCUUCGGCUGUCUCGGCAUUCCACAGCAGUUUGGAACGCUCGGAGAAUUCAUACUCGCAAGUGCAAACAAUACUGCUCCUUUGCCGUUAGGGGUGGAUCCAGAUGCGGCUGCUACGAUUGGGGUUGCGGGGCGCUCGUCGUACCAGUCCAUCGUGCCGUACAUAUCCGCGGCAGGGAACAGGGUGUUCAUAAACGGCGGGUCUGGGGGCUGUGGCGUUUACGCCAUGCAGAUUGCUAAGUUGUUAGGCUGUCAUGUUACAGUGACUUGUUCCACGCGCAAUGUACAGUUCUGUCGAGACCUUGGUGCGGACGAGGUGAUCGACUAUACGACACAGGACGUUUUGGAGGAGCUCAAGUCACAGGGACAGGUAUUCCACCAUGCUGUGGACCACAUUGGAUCGCCUGAGGAUCUUUAUCAGGAAUGUCACACAUUUUUGAAACCUGGGAAGGUCUUUGUCCAGGUGGGAGCUCCUUCAAUGGUCACUUUCGCUCACCGGCUUAUUCGCCCCGCGUUUCUCGGUGGUGGGAAAAGGAAAUACGUGGCGUUGCUUAUGAAGAACCAUAAGGACGAGUUGGUCCAAAUUGCGAGCUGGAUCCGUGAGGGAAAGAUACGGGUUGAGCUUGACACGGUGUAUGAAUUUGAGGAGACCGUCGGAGCAUUUGAGCGACUGCGUUCGGGGAGGACCCGAGGCAAAAUUGUCAUCCAUGUCACAAACCUUGAUCGUGAGGCUGCCUGA